GCAAUCCGCACGACUUCAUAUCCGUUGCAUUUCCGAUAACGCGUGAGUCAGUGUCGACGCAGCGGCUUGUUGCUUGCUGGUCGCACAUCGAUCACUGAGUAGGCCGUACGCAAUGUCAGCAAUUUUUUUGCAGACAUCCAACAAACUACCGAUGACUAGCAUAUAGCCUAACCAUCACUUCGCCAGUCUUAUUAUAACCGCAUUGGUACGAGGUCGCCUCGAUUGUGAGGUCGGGACGCACCGCGAAAAAGUCGCGUGUCUCAUUAGAAUAACAACAACAAAACUCGAAAGUGUGGUCUUAAAUGAACUUUGUUAUUAUAUAGUAAUGCCUCUUAAGUGUUUAUUAGCUCCUUAGUGUUUGUUUAAUAUCGAUUGUAAAUGUUUAACUUAAUCUUUCACUUGUACGUAAUUAAUCAAGCAGUAUCGAUUAUCAGGUGCGUUAUCGUAUGAGGAAUCGUACAUUUCGGCCAGUAGUUGAUAANAGUUUGGAGUGGUGACACUCUGUGAGGCGUGUUGUGAGGAAGAUGCCGGUGUACCCGUGCGAUAUGGCGACCUCACACGACUUCUGCGAGAUGGAGUACACGCCGGAAUACAUGCUGGCCGGCCCGCCGCACAUGUGGGACAAACCCCCUUAUAGCCCGUACGGCAUGUUUAACAGAACCUCAACAGAAGAGUCCCAGCGUUUAACUACCUUAGACUGUGUUUUUAAUGAAGACAGCGACAUGCAGCUAGAAACAAGCAGCAGUGAGGCGAGCGCCGCAAGUUCUACUACACUGUCACAGCACUGCGCGAUCUGCGGCGACCGUGCGACCGGCAAGCACUACGGGGCUUCCUCCUGCGAUGGCUGUAAAGGCUUCUUCAGGAGGAGCGUUAGAAAGAACCAUCUCUAUACUUGCAGAUUUAGUCGAAAUUGUGUUGUUAAUAAGGACAAAAGAAAUCAAUGCAGAUAUUGUAGGCUAAGGAAAUGUUUUAAAGCUGGCAUGAAAAAAGAAGCCGUGCAGAAUGAAAGAGACCGCAUCAACUGUCGACGGCCGUCGUACGAGGAGCCCGCGCAGGCUAACGGACUCUCUGUCGUGUCUCUGCUCAACGCUGAACUGCUCAGCAGGAAGGUCAUUGAUGAGACAAACAACGUGACAGACGCGGAGAUAAACAAUCGAAACCUGGCGAAAAUCAAUGACGUGUGCGAGUCUAUCAAACAACAGCUGCUAAUUCUGGUCGAGUGGGCGAAGUACAUACCCGCCUUCACCGAUUUGCAACUAGACGAUCAGUUUGGGGAGGUGCCUAUGGACGGGGCGUGCCUCAACCGCCCACAAAUCACGUUGGCAGAUCAGAAUAAAAUCAAAUCAUCACAAACUGUUAAUUGUGUUGCAGACGGUCGCAUGGACAUCGACAUCAGUAUGAUCGGCAUGCGCGUCAUGGACGAGAUCGUGAAGCCGCUGCGGGAGAUCGACAUCGACGACACGGAGUUCGCCUGCCUCAAGGCCAUCGUCUUCUUCGAUCCGAGUAAGAUUCAAUUUAUUUGUGCGCUGGUGCCGCAGCUGCCGCACCAGUACGACGCCAUCGCAUUCAAACAGGAACCUGACAUGAGUCCGGAGCCAAGCUCACGUCUGAUGAAGUCUUCCGAUAUCACCUUGUUAUAGUGCCUUAUUGUUAUUACUAUCACAAAACUAUACACAAACUAUUUCUAUUUUAUAUACAUUUUAUUAAAUAAGUGGAAAGGUUUUUUAUAUACAUUUGAUAAAAAGUUUUUAUAGAUUAUAUUAUGUCAAUUGUCUAUGGUUGCAUAGAAAUGAGACAAUAAUCAUUUUUAUUUAUUACAAAUGAACUAUACCAAUGUCAUGGUAAUAUUACUUUUAUGUUAAAAGUGUAUAUUUCUUACUAUUUAAUCAAAUCAGAUUUAGUAUAUUUUUACUAAAUCAUGUCAUUUUUUUUAAAUUAGUCCAACAAACUGAAUUUAGAAAUCCAGAAAAUAUUUACUGCUUUUGACUACCAUUAUGGCCUAUUCUAUCGUAAAUAAAUAAUAGUUUUGAUGACUUUUUUUACAUUUUUAUUUCACACUUGUUUUUUCUAUAAUGUUGCCAUAUUUCUGACAUUUCUUGUGUAAAAACAACAUGAAAUAAUUGGUUCAUAUUAAUAUUAGAAACCAAAACCAAAAUUGUAUUUUAAUGUUAUAAUUAGACUAAAGUAAUGAGAUAAUUAUUUUAAUGUAAUAUUUGUUAUUUUAUUGUACUAUGUUACCAUUAAAGUUAGGUGAUGGUUAGGACUUGAAUUUAGUUCAGUAGGAAUUUUUGUAAUUUUUUUAAAAAGGUUGAAUUCAUUUCAAGUAAAAUAUUGAAUAAAUGCUAAAUGUUGCUAUGUAAUGGUACGCAAAAAUGAUGGGGAAGCUUUUGCCAAUUUAUAUUUUAUAAUAAAAUGCUCAAAUUGUUUUUUAUAUUUACAUAGGAGAUGGUAAUUUGAUAUCUAGUACUAAAAGAAAGUUUACACUAAGUCUCUUUAUGGGGACAAGUACAUUUACAAAAUAAAAUUAUGAUCCAAUUGCCUUCUCUUAUGACAAUAAUUUGUUUAAUGUUGUUGGUGUUUAUAUAGAUUAUAUUUUAGGAGGGAGGUCAUCGGUUUCCAUUGCCACUACAUGUACAAAACAUGAGGGGUAUUAAAGAAAAUACGCUUAUUCUUUUUUUAAACCAAAUUUUAGUUAAUUAUUGCAAUUUGGUAUACUUGAUUAAAAAUUGGACAGACUUAUUUGCUUUUAUACCCCUCAUAUAUUGAUAUUUCUUUUUAACAAUGAGAAUGAAAGUGAUAGCAAUAUAAUACUAAAGCAAUUUCGAUAGUGGGAACUAAGGUGACGUUCGGUUUAGGAACAAUUUAACUUUUAAGACUUACCUGUGCCUUGUCCUGUUACUAAAUGUAAAUAAUCGUUACAAUUUGAUAGAUAUAUAGAAAAUAAAUCACUUUAUUAC